AUGUUUACCCGUUCAAGUUUACUCAGACAACCAUUCAAGAAUACCCUGAGAGCUGCUGCCAGAUUACAGCAGUCCCGCUAUUAUCAUCCUAGAGUGAUUGACCAUUAUCAAAAUCCUCGUAAUGUCGGUACCAUGGACAAGAGCAUGGAGAACGUUGGCACUGGUUUGGUGGGUGCCCCUGCAUGUGGUGAUGUGAUGAGGCUCCAGAUCAAAGUCAACGACAAGACCGGUGUCAUUGAGGAUGUGAAGUUCAAGACGUUUGGAUGCGGUUCGGCUAUUGCCAGCUCGAGUUUUGCUACAGAACUCGUCAAGGGCAUGACUUUGGAAGAAGCUGAGGGUAUCAAAAACACAACCAUCGCCAAGGAGCUCUCGCUUCCUCCAGUGAAGUUGCACUGCUCAAUGUUGGCCGAAGAUGCUAUUAAGUCCGCCAUCAAGGAUUAUAGGACAAAGAGAAACAAAGUCACCUUGGGUCCAGAGGCUACCGCUGGUGAAGCUCAGGCGACAGCUCCAUCUCCUGCCUCCUCAGGCGCCGCUUGA